AUGCCAGUAGAACGAGCAAAUUUCGGCAUGUUCGCAGUCACUGGAUUUGCGCCUAACUUUGCACAAACUGAAGACAACAUUCACUUCGACGAAGGCAGGAUGCAAGAGGAGGAAGAGCCCUCAUACAAGGAGCGCAUCAUCAUUCAUAUCGACAUCGAUUGCUUUUAUGCGCAGACGGAAGAGAUAGCUCGUCCAGAAUUGAAACUUCUACCUCUGGCUAUUCAGCAAAAGCACAUUGUCGUCACUUGCAACUACGAAGCUCGAAAAUACGGUGUUGGCAAGCUGGAACUCUUAACCGAAGCACUCAAAAAAUGUCCACAGCUGGUCGUGGUUAGUGGUGAAGACAUUUCAAGAUAUCGCAGAAGCAGCCGUCAUAUCUUUGACCUCGUAAACGUCGCCGUCAAUGGAAACUCAUCACUGCCUAGAGUCAAUGUUGAGCGUCUCGGCUUUGAUGAACUCUUUAUUGAUGUUACCGAUAUCGUCUCUGCUCAUUUGGAUCAGGCUGGAAUGGACAUUCCUAUUGGUUCGAUAAUACAGCUGGAUUUGUUUCCUGAUCUCGAAUCGAUAGUGGAUGAGAAUGACUGGUCGCCAAUGUAUUUACGAUAUCAGUAUGGGACGUUUGAAGGCAAUGUUGUUGGUGUACAACCUCAGCAGUCACUUGAUCGUCAGCAUUUAUUGCUUGCAACUGCUUCACACUUGGCUAGGCAUCUUAGGCAUGUGAUAUACCGACGAUUAAAGUAUACGUGUAGUUCUGGAGUUAGUGUGAAUAAGUUGUUGUCCAAGAUUGUUGGGACCAAACUGAAACCAGAUGGUCAAUCAGUGUUGAUGCCGAGUGAAACCUCCACAUUUAUGAAUGGUGUCAGUCUGCGAAAAGUGACUGGAAUUGGACGUAAAACAGGUGCUGAAAUCGUAAACUACAUAGCUACAGUCAGACCAGAAUGGGAUGGAGAGAAGGACGAAUGGGGACAUCCCAAAAAGAUGCCAACGUGUGUAGAGCUACUCGAAAUCGCUGACCUAAAGCAGUGGUCCAGCUGGUUUGGAGAUGCACUAGGCAAGAAGAUUGAUGGACUCUUGAGAGGAAUAGACCCAUCUCCUGUAAUCCCAACAGGUUUAUCACAACAAAUAUCAGUAGAAGACUCCUUCCAGCACUGCAAUACCACCGCCGAUGCACGUACACGUCUGAUAGAGCUAGCUACAUCAUGGCUCGAGAGAGUACAAGAAGAAGAAUAUGUCGAAACCGAUAAUAGUAGUUUCCUGAAUCUCCUCUUGUAUGGUGCUGCUCUUGAUAAACAGCAGGAGAAUCCAUCACAAUGGCGUAGACAUGCCACAACACUGCGACUUACCAUCCGUUUAAGAAAGCCUGGAGAGCGAGGAUGGAGUGGCGACAGAGAGUCAAAAGCUACUGCACUACCUGUGGACGUGUUUGAUACUACCAUAUCUAUACCAGAUCGUGCACAAGCACUAGCAGAUCGACAUCUAGUACCAUUGUUAAGCAAGAUGGUGCAGUCGCGUCCGCAGUGGGACAUGACGCUACUCAAUAUUAGUUGCUCGGACUUUAAACUUGGACCGCCCCAGAAAUCUAUUAGUAAUUUCUUUAGGAGUGAUGACGGCAAGGGUAUGGUUGCCAGUAGUGGUAGCAGUGGUAGCAACGAUACACCACCAAAGAGUCCUCCCAGUAAGGCCGAUAUACUCAAACGGUUGGGAAUAGAUCCAUCUGUAUUCGAAGAACUGCCGAUUGAUGUGCAGGACGACAUCUUGCAAGAAGCUCAACAGCCUUUAAAUAGUAAACCUGUAAAUAAUAGUACGAGCAACACAACCUCAUCAUCGAAACGAAAGUCUGAGAGCAACACAACCAAAAAGCCAAACAAGGUCAGAACGCUCGACGCGUUCUGGACAAGUAAAUAA